UGUGAUAAUCGAUUCAUCGAUGAUUCGAAGUAUCGAACGUUGUGUUACGCACAAGUUUGGUUAAAGUGCGUAGCCUUCAUGGACGUAAACUUUCCGUUUUCUGUGUAAAUAAUUCACAAUCGAUAUAAUUAUUAAUUUUAUCUGUGUUGUAUAGUUGAAAUUUUGCGCAAAUUAAUAAUGGUUAAUUCCUCAGGUCACAAUUACAUAGAUUUUAUUAUUUCAGAUUGGAUUUUAUGUUAGUUUGGAGUAACAGUGUUGCAAACAAUUUGUGAGGUGUUUUGUUCUGUGACUUUCAUAAUGCAGAAAAACUAGCAACCCUAACAAAGAAGAAUGAUACAUAGAAACUUUCUACUACAAUGGAUUUUGGUGGUGAUAUUCACAGUCACUGUUAUUUAUUUGAAAUUUAAAUUAAAUUUUUUGGAGGAUCACUACAAAUUAUUACGUACGCGUGAUUAUAGAGAAUACAAUGCCGUCGCACAAGACCAAAAGAGUAUUCAAAGUGGACUUGAAAGCAACCAACGAUCUCAUAAAUCGUCAGCUUUUGAUGAUAUCGUUAUAAUCUACAACAGGGUACCCAAGACAGCUUCAACCAGUUUCGUAGGUUUAGUCUAUGAUCUGUGUAAACAAAAUAAAUAUCAUGUUCUACACAUUAACGUUACCAACAAUAUGCAUACUCUUACUCUUCCUAAUCAGAUACAAUUUGCAAAUAAUAUAAGUGAAUGGACUGUGAAGAAACCAGCAUUUUAUCACGGUCAUGUGGCAUUUUUAAACUUUGAAAAGUUUGGAAUAAGACAAAUGCCCUUAUAUAUAAAUCUUCUGCGGAAACCUUUAGAUAGGUUCGUUUCUUAUUAUUAUUUUUUAAGAUAUGGAGAUAAUUUUAGGCCGCAUUUAAUUAGAAAAAAGCAUGGAGAUACAAAGACAUUUGAUGAUUGUAUCGAUGCUGGUCAACCAGAUUGUGAUCCAAAUAAUAUGUGGUUACAAAUACCUUUCUUAUGUGGCCAUGAUCCUGCAUGUUGGGAAAUUGGAAAUAGUUGGGCAUUGGAAGAAGCAAAGAGAAAUUUACAAAAGCACUAUCUCCUCGUUGGAGUGACAGAGGAAUUAACAGAAUUUAUUGAAAUUUUACAAAUCGUGCUUCCACGUUUCUUUAAAGGAGCUUCUAAUUCUUUUUUACACAAUAAUAAAUCACAUUUGCGUCAGACUACGCAAAAGAUUAAUCCACGACCCGAAACAGUGGAGAAAAUACAAAAAUCUGUUGUUUGGAAGAUGGAAAACGAAUUGUAUAAUUUCGCUUUAACACAUUUUCAUGCAGUAAAGAAACGUCUUAUAAAUGCUUCUCCUCAAGAUGCAAAUCAACAUUUUAUGUAUGAAAAAAUACGACCGAAAUAAAUUUAUAAAUACUUUUA